ACUCACAGAGGCGGCUUCGCCACUGGUGCACGAACCGCGGAGAAUACGGGCAGAAGAUGGCUGAUUUAGCCUGGCACCGCAAGCCCUCGGCGGCAUCACCAGCGUCACACAGGCCGCUGAAAAGCCGCAAGACAUCCGCCGUCUGGCGACUGUAAACAGCAGCCGCUGCCUCACGCUCUCUCUCUCUCUCUCUCUCUCUCUCUCUCGCUCUCUCGCUCUCUCACUCACCCCUCUCUCACCCCUCCUCACCGCAAAUAUUGACAGAAGUAUCUCAGAGAAAACAUGGCAGAGAUGGAAAAAGAGGGCAGACCUCCGGAAAAUAAAAGAAGCCGAAAACCAGCUCACCCGGUGAAAAGGGAAAUAAAUGAAGAGAUGAAGAGUUUUGCAGAGAGCACCAUGAACGAGCUGCUGGGCUGGUACGGCUAUGACAAGGUGGAACUGAGAGACUCUGACAACCUGGAGAUAGGGGAGACACCACAGCACAUCUCUGUCCUCAAAGAAAACUUGUUGCCAAAAAUCCCAACUUCAACGGAGAGCAGCGAAGGCUCUCCGGAUCGAGCCAACAGCUCCCAGUCUCUGCCAGCCUCCAGGAACGGAGUCACAGAGUCCUCCACCACAGCGUCCACCUCCAUGCACAGCACCAAGGAGCAUGGCAACCUGCCCAUCAUAGUCCCCAUGAUCCCCCCGCCAUUGAUCAAGCCCCCUGCAGACGAAGAUGCAUCCAACAUGCAGAUCAUGUGCGCCUGGUGCCAGAAGGUCGGCGUCAAACGCUAUUCUCUGAGCAUGGGCAGUGAGCAGAAGAGCUUCUGCAGCGAGAAGUGCUUCGCCGCCUGCCGCAGGGCCUAUUUCAAGAGAAACAAGCUGGGAUAUAUAAGGAAUUACGCUGCGAGAGACGACGGUGGCCUCGGUGGGAAAUUACCCCAGCACAGCUUUACUCAGGACACGCCCAGGCUUGUCUUCAAGACAAACAGCGAUGUGCUUGUGUGUGACUGGUGCAAACAUAUUCGCCACACUAAGGAGUACCUGGACUUUGGUGCUGGUGAGCGGAGGCUGCAGUUCUGCAGUGCCAAAUGCCUGAACCAAUAUAAGAUGGACAUUUUCUACAAGGAGACCCAGGCUGCAUUGCCCGGAGUAUUGUGUAACCCAGGUCACGGGAUGGGUGGGGAGGGUAAGAUGGAGUGCGGUGGAGGGGUGCAGCUGCUCACUCCUGAAUCCUGGGGGACUCCAUUAACGGACCUGCGGCAUCAGGCUCACUCACCAGGGGGGCCUUCCACCACCUCUGCAUUGGCCCCUUCCACAUCCUCUGCCGCCUCACCCUCAGACACUGCUACCCACUGCUCCCCGUCUUUAUCCUCCUCAGCCAGGAUCCCCACACCCAGACCCCACGAGAGCCCCACACUUCACCCCCCGCCUGUUCACACUUUGCACCCACCUGUCGGGGUUCCUCCCGGUAGCCCUCCCAUGGUGAUGACGCCCCGGGGACCCAUGCCCCUGCCGCUGUUCAUGGAGCAUCAAAUGAUACAGCAGAUGCGUCCACCAUUCCUUCGGCCCUCUGUCCACCCAGGGGGUCCCCAUAGCCCCCUGUCAAACCCUAUGAUCCCUGGUAUUGGUCUACCACCUCCCCCUAGGUCCAUGGGCUCAGCAUCAAGCCCCAUGCACAGGCCCCUGCUGUCUCCCCAUGUCCACCCCAUGUCCAAUCCCAAUGCUGGCAUGAUGCCCCCCCACCCUGGUCUCUCAAUGCCAGGCAUGCCCCCUUUCCCCCCAGUCAACAUGAUGCCCAAUGGACGCAUUCCUCUGCCCCCAAUGAUGAACUUUGGCAUGCCGUCCUUGUCGCCAUUGGUACCUCCACCAACUCUCUUGGUCCCUUACCCUGUCAUUGUACCACUCCCAGUCCCAAUCCCAAUUCCAAUCCCAAUCCCAAUCCCCUUCAACCCCAAAACUUCCAGGUACCAGCCAGACAGCUGGGGCAACUUCCACAGUGCUCCAGAGUCCUCCGAGGCUUCAGCUUCUUGGCCCCACUCUCCAGGGUCCUCUGGAGAUGACAGAGGGGAGCAGAAAGUAGAGCCCGCUGUUGCAGAGCGUCUCUCUCCUGUACGCUCAGAGAGAAGCAGGAUGGCGCUGGUGGACUUGACUGUCAAGGCAGAGGACAAUUCGGGUAACACAUGUCUAACCAGCGGCCCUGCACCGACGGAGGGGGUUAUUGAUCUAACUGUGGGCCAGAGGCCAUGCCAACAGCAGGUAAUUCAAAGGAUGCUACCUGGAGUCCAGGUCAAAGUGGAGGCAGAGGCGGAAUCGAGAUCUCCACCAGCUGCUGGGCUUAGUUGGGAAGGGAAGAGCAGUCGUGAUGGGGUGGAAAGGGCCCUCUCUCAGGGCCUCCUCUGUACCACAGAGCUGGAAGGGGCAACACACCCAAACACACUGGAAUCAUCAGGCCCUCCCUCCAGCAACAGCAGCCCUUCUUUCCAUGAUGAUCCUCCAGUGAGCCAGCUAACUCCCUGUAUCUCUAACCGUACCCCAUCACCCUUGCCCAGCACAGCACGGACCCAGCCCCAAACCCUGCCCCACCUCCAAGCUAGGCCUGCUGCCCCGUGUAAUGUCAUAGUCAAUGGUACGGGGUGGCAUUCGCUUCUCGCUCCUGCCUUUGAGUCUUACUCUGACCGAAGAGGAGACAGUGUUGCAGGAGAAGGAGAGGCCGAGGAGCAGCCAGCCAAUGGUGAGCUGGAGCACGAGGCACUGAAAGAGAACAAUUGCUCAGUUGGAGAUUGGGAGCCGGGGAAGCGGGGCUCGGUGCAAGACGACAUAGCGGACACAGUGGAGGGUAAGCCAGAUCCUGACUCCAACAUGGAGGAGGGUGAGCAUGCAUAUGCCCUGCCGCUGCUGUCCACCGGAGGCUGUGUGGUCAUUCAGCCUGUGCCAAAGCCCGGCGCUGACAAGACGGCCAUCCUGUCCUGCUCCAUCAGUGCCCCUUUGUCAGCAGACGGGACUGCUGAGCUGGAGCCGCCGCUAAAGAGGAGGUGUCUGCGAAUCCGCAAUCAAAAUAAAUGAGAUGGACGCUCUGAGGACCACAGUGCCAUCAACGACACUCACUUGUCCACCCCCCCCCACCCCCUGCACACACACAUUCUUCUCGUCCUCGCUCAUCGUCCAGUCUACCAGCACCACAAAUCGCCUUCUGACGACUGAUGAGAGUCCAACCGGACAUGGUGAUGUGCAUCACAGCAGAGCGGCUUUUGUCCGUGUGACAGAGACUCUGACGGACUGAACCUCUACGGACUUGAUGUCGUGGCCAGCAGGAUCGCUCGACCUUUGAACUGCAGACAG